AUGGCGGAACAGGACAUCCAGCCUUACAUCGUUUGCUCUGAAUGCCUGAGCAGCCGGCUUGAUGGAUGUGAGGUCUGCAAGGUCGAUAACCAUGCCUUCAAGUCGUUCCAUGCUGCCCUUGCACUGCUCUCGGAUCGUCCUCGUGGCAUUCUCGAUUUUGGCUGUGGAUCUAGUGGCAGUGUAGACCCUGUCGUUCUUCUGAUACAAAGACCUGCCCAACUCGAGGACCACACCGGAGGCACCUCCAGUCACGAUGUGGACUCUUCCGCGACUCCCUUGACCAAAGGAGAGAUUCAGGCCCAGGAAAAGCUUGCAGAAGAGAUGGAACGACUCGAAGAGCGAUUCCAGGAUAGUGAGAAGAGUGUACGGGAGCUCGAGGAGAUCUUCGGCAAAAGACUCGAGGCUAUGCAGCAGUGCCAUCGCGAACAUCAGGAACGUGUCGAGCAGUCUGCCCAGUGUCACCCAAAAGCUUCGUCAAGCUCUUAUGAAGGCUUUGAAAGAACCUGCUUUCACAGACAGGACGAGCACUAUGAUCACCGGGAAUGA